AGGAAGCGGAAGAAGCAGCUCAACUCUAACAGAGCGCGGGACGAGCGCAGGUUUGAGGUGGUUCGGCUGCGACGGGAGGUGGAAGACCUGCAGCUGACGCUGAAGCAGCUGCAGUACAUCCGCGACCAGCAGAGACAACACUCGGGUCAGCACACUACAGCCGUCCAGGAGCAGGAGACGGUUGAGGACGACACAGAGGUGCCGGCUGUCUGGCAGGAGAUCUGCGCUCGGCAGCUUAAUCGACGGGUCAAGGCUGAGCGGGAGAAUGCCCUGCUCAAGCAGCAGUGGGAGGAGGAGAAGCGCCUCGUCAAGAGCAUCGAGAAGAUGCUCUUCAAACGCAUGGCUCUACGCGAUAUGGCAGGCCCUGAGGCGAGCAAACACACACGGCGGACCUCCCUCCCGGCGGAAUACAUCAAGCGCGUCGCUGCCUUCAUCUUCGACGAGCUUUCGGCCAGUGUCGAGGUCUCGUACCGCGAGGUGGAAGCCGUGUUCGCAGCCAACGGCCCAGUGCCGAAGAACGUGGUGACGCACCAGCCUCUGCUGCGUGGUGGCAUGAAGGGCAUGUACAGGAGGCUCUUCGACAAAAGAGUCGUGCCCUUCAACAUGCAGGAGACGGGGGACGCAUGGUGGGAACACUGGCACAACUACCGAGGCCAGAGCGUGCACAACGCCACAUCGAACAUCGUCACGGAGAGCUUCGGGCUGGAGAUGAACGAUCUCAAGAGCAACGUGUCCGCCACAUCCUACGGCCAGCAGAUUCUGCGUCGAUAUGUUGAAGAAGACCGCAUCGUUCUCGUCUGGAACGCGUAUAUCGAGCCGUUCGUGUUCGAGAACGAACCGGUCAGCGGUGUUUAUAUACUCGAGCAGAGUCACGUGCUCAUCAAGCCUGAAGACCCGGAGGACGGCGAGUGCUCCACGAGCAUGUCGACGUGCUACGUCAUCACGCCGCACUACCUCAAUCCCACGCUCAAAGACGACGCCAAGACGAGCACGUUGAUCGACUUCUUGGUCAGUGCCUUGUCCUCCAACAUCAGAGCUCGUAACGAAACAGUCGAGAACCUGCUACUCGACCGAGCACUGCAG